CUGCAGCGCAGCAGCAAUAGUCCCGAAAAAAGUAAUUUUGAUUGUGAAAAAUUUCUUGAUCGAAUUGUGAAACCAAUAAUCCGAAGCAUAGGCAAAGUAGUAACUGUCGAACCAAAAAGCGCGCUCGACGCCCGCAUGUAGUUAAAGAAUGGAACAGCGUAUUCUAAAGCAAGACGGCUACUUGGAUGUGGGCGAUGAUAGCAGCAACGAUUGUGUCUUGCCUGGCGGAGCACCCGUGUUCGAAAUACGCAACAUCGUCUACCAUCCGCAGCUGAAUGUGCUACUUGCGUUUGGUAUCAACAAUCUUGUGAAAGUUCUAGAUGUGAAUUCCGGCGUUAUACUGCAGACGUAUCAAUUGAGUACAAAUGCUGAUAGCUUAAUCAAUGGACGUUACAUGCCAUUGCAAGAUAAAAUCUUGUUCUGGGAUGGCCACAAUUUGGGACUGCGGGGCGAUUACAACGGCGUGUUGCUAUUGGAUACCAUACUGCAGGCGCCGAUCGGUCAGAAUGAUGAUUACAUUAAGCUGGAGCUCAUAUUGUCGGAGGCGAUCAUCUUUCAGAACUGUAUAAACGAACUGGAGAGCGAGGGUCUCGAGUGUCCGUGCGAUAUCAGCAACGAGCUGACACUGAAAAUCAACCAGGCUCAGCUGAAUGCCAAAAAGGGUAUUAAAGCGCAACGCUGGAACACAAUUUGCCUCGAGGUGCCCUAUUCCAGUCUGAAGUUGGUCGCUAACAAUGUGAUCAUAUUGUUAAAACGUUUGGAACGAAACAUUCCGGUACUGGCCAUAGCAUCGGCAAUUAAUGAACGUCUCACGGACAUGCUGAUGGGCUCCCGUUUGCCGGAUUACGGCUGGAACUAUUGCAACUUUCAGCGGGGACUCAUGCACUCGGAGGCAGUGCGUCGCCAGACGUUCGAGAAAUGGCCGCACAUGGACUAUAAAUGGGCACUGCCGGAUCAAAUGGCACAGGCCGGCUUCUAUCACCAGCCAUCGUCAUCGGGCGAAGAUCGCGCCAUGUGCUUUACAUGCGACGUGUGCUUGGUUUGCUGGGAGAAAACAGACGAGCCAUGGAGUGAACACGAGCGCCACUCGCCCCUCUGCCCGUUUGUGAAGGGCGAGUACACACAGAAUGUGCCGCUCUCCAUUAGCUAUGCCACGAAUCCAGCAUUGACCGCUCCGGGCAUGGGUUUCGAUAUAAUUUCGAAUAGUGAUUAUGCGAAUGUUCUUUGCACGAGCUGCACGCAGACGGGCGAGCUGAGCGUUUGGAGCAUUGAACGCCACCUUAAGCUCAUGCACAGCAUCCAUGUGCCCACCCUGCUCAAAGAGGUCUUCGAGGAGAACUUCGAGUGGGCGCGCGUCACGGCCAUUUGUGUGCUACCAAAUGCGCGCGCCCGCACCAAGGUCAACUAUGUGUACUCGGCAAACUAUAGUGGAAGUGGCAACAGCAGCAGCGCUGCACACGCUAGCAGCAUGCACGGCAGCGGCAAGUUUGCCGGCGUCAAUGCACAGCAUAUAACAUCCACAUCGACACUGCGUGCCGGCGUUGUAGGCUCAAAGAUAGUCCUCGGAGUCACUGUGCGCCAGAGCAGCGGCGAGAUGGCAUUACGGAUGGUGGUGCUCAACAUUGUCGAGUUGGACAGAUACUGCGAGAACUCGGCCAUGAUCAGCAAUGACAGCGGCAGCGUGUCGAGCAUUGGAGGGCAUCUGAAAAAGACAUCUUCACAUCUGGGAACAACUUCCAGUGAUUCAAAUGUGGUUGCCAGCCAAGUGAGUCUUGAAUCCUCGAAAGAUGAUGACAACAAGUCGCUGACGGCAUACGAAAAAUUUGCCGAUGGCUUUGAUAGCAACGGUUUUGUGUCCGCCUUAAUGACGUAUAACAAGAAUAAUGAUGUUACCCAGAGUGGCAACAACUCCUCUGUGCUGUAUGACUUUGAUUUGUCGACACUGUCGCAGAUACUGGAUAGUAAUCUGGACGAUUCCUCCUCUGGUCUAAUGGUCUCUUCCAAUACGGUGAAUGUAAGCAACAGUUUGCUGGGCAUAAGCAAUGACAUGGAUAAGCUCAUGGACCAGGCCGAGGUCUCAAAUCAGAACAACAAUAACAACAAUGACAACAACGCUCUGGGUUUGGGAUCUACAAACAACAACAAUAACAACAACAUCAUCAUCAACGGCAGCAAUUGCACCAGUGACAAGUUGAUAGCUAGCGAGGAAAUUGACUGCCUCGUGGAGAGCUGGACGAGCGUUAAGCGCAUGAACGCUUUGGAUGGGGCACAUAGUGCCAACGGAGUUCCAUUGGAUGUUCAGGAGAUUGUGGAGAUUGCUGAAAUCAUGCCAACCAGUCCCAAGUGUAACCAACUGCUGGUCAAACUGAUGCGUACAAAAGCUCCCGAAUCGGAGGAUGCCAAGAUCAUAAUGGCCACGGUUGCCAAGGAGGAAGAAGAGCAACACAAUGUGUCCACAGAUAUGGACGACAACAAUGCAGAAUGCAAUGUAGCCGCCCAGCUGCUGCUCUUUGACUACGAUGACACGCAAAUCUCCAAUGAUUAUACUCUUGCCAUGACCUUCAGCCGUGCCAAGUGCCCCAAACAGCUGUGCAUCCUGCCACCCUAUGCAUCGGCAGCAUCUUCGGAAAUGAAAGAGGCGGGCUCCAUAUGCGUGGUGUGCGCCGACGGAUGUAUUGAAAUUUUCUCACUAGCCGAUUUCCAGGCCACAUCCGUCAUCGAGGAGGAGGGUGAACACUUCGAGGCCGUUGUCUAUUGUCGUAACUUGGACAGACUUUGCUGCUGUUCGCGGCAGGGUGGCAUGCUGUUCUAUUCGCUGAAUGACGGCGAAAUUGACUCGGGUGAUGAGCUGCUAGAAAUGGAGGACGACUGCAGUACCACGUUGACACAUGCGAUGGACUUGAGCGUCACGGAUGGUGUUCGAAAUAUGGCAGCCAGUGAUUCUCUCAUGGGCGAUACAACAAUAUCUGUGGAUGUGAGCAGCGAUGGCGGAGCUGGGACAUCAAGUCAAAAUAUGCACGUGCAGACCUCACCGUCGGUUGCUUCCUUGAUGAGCAACAACGCCAAUCUGCUUGCCUACAAGACCGCUGACCUGACGCUUGAAGAUCUACGCGUCUUCUACGCACUAACCCAGUUCGAUGACAAGUUAACGGUGUACUCGGCUGAAGUGCCCAGUUGCUGGAAUGAUCUGGGCCAGGUACAAAAGCAGCGAAAGCAAUCGCAAAAUAUGCGGCAUGGAGGUGAUGAGCGUGAUUUCACACGAACUUGGCGACUGCAUAAUGAUGCAACCACCUGGGACGAGCACAUCAUUGAGCUGAACCUGGCACAGCCGGUCUCAUUGGGCCAUAUAGAUUUAAAGUUCACGGUCUACAAACAGUGCUCCAAUCCAGCAGCCAUACAGGUCACCCUGCUCAAGCAGAACACAAACGGGUUUGGCUACAGAAUGAAAGGACCGCACGCCAGCUACAAGCCCAACGUUAUUGAGGAUAACAUCGACUUCUCUUACAGUGAGGCACCAAAUAUUGCCAGUGAAAAUCCGGUUCUCAGUGAAGAAUAUCUGCUGGCCCACAAUGCCGAAGUGCUGGCCGGCCCCAUCGAGCUGUCGUCGUGCAUUGAUCUGUGUGAUCAGGGUGGAACCGCCACACUCACCUCACCCAAGCUGUUCAAGACACGCACCCGUAAUUUUCUUCUGCAUAUCAAAACCGUAUCGGAUCCAUCAAAGGAGGGCCAGAGCAAAACGAGAGCCCCUUCUGUGCGACACAAAAGUACGCAUCAAAUUGAAGAUUGUGUUAUUCGUAAGCGAGGCGCCAAAAGAAAAUUCAUUCUAUACAAUGCAAAUCACGCCCAUGGGAAAACUAAACAAAUGAAAAUGACUUCCAUUUUGAGAGCAACGCUUUACUACAAAAAAGUGCAUAAUUCGGAACUUCCGUAUGUUCAAACUGUCGUCGCGCCCAAGCACUCAAGACCCACUGCAGCUGGUCCGGUCGAUCUUCGAAGAUCUGGCCAAUUUAUAGGUUGCGAUUGGCUGCACGAGAUCUCGAUAAGUGUGCGGACUGUUAAGUCACACAGUCGGAUUAGCAAUGGACGCAUUCAGCGCAUUGCCAUGCUGGAUAGCAAUGGAUUUUUGGAGCAGCUUUUCCGCAUUGCGAGUGAUCUGGACUCAACGCCGCUAACCAAAAAUCUGGCACUUGAUGUGCUCAACUGGAUUUGUUUCAUUCGCCUCAAUCGUUUCCGUUCGCCGAAAUCAGAGCGUCUCAAGGAUCAGAUUAAUAAGCAGACAGCAGCCAAUAUCAAUGAUCUGCUAGCGCAGCAGUUUGAGUGCAUCUAUCUCUCCGAGAAGCACAUCGAACAGCUGAUGCGCCACUGCAUCAUUCAUAGUGAGCGGACCACUGCGCAUAAGUGUGUCAAACUGUUGAUAAUGCUGACGGAAGGCAUGGCCAACCUGCCCCGCGAAUUGCAGAAACAUUGUACACUGGAUACGACCAUUAAGAUGGCGAUAAGCAAUACGUUCCAUGAGCUGCCGCAGGCACAAUGCGCCAGUGUGGUGCGCUGGUAUACGAUGCUAAUCUGCGCUACCUCAACUGCUGAGUCACAUAACAGCAUUUCUGAGUAUGCUAUCAAUCUGCUUAAAAACAUCGCCACCGAAAUUGAUAAGCGAUGGGAUCCACAUUGCGCGUUGCUUAGUACACGUUUUGGUCUCUAUGGCUUUCCCUUUGAGCCGGAAAUUUUUGACUUUGACUUUCCCAACAUCAAUCGUCAUGGCUCAAGCUCGUCCGUGGCGCUCACAAACGUAAUACGUAGCAGUGCAAAUAUUUUGCCGGUGACCGGACUCGAUAUCAAGCGAUUAAGUUCGAUAGAUGGAGUCGACUUUCGAACUUAUCCACAUCUGAUUCGUGUCAAGAGCAUUAGCAAUCAGUUACGUGGUCUUUUGGAGGUGGUGCAACUGCAUUUCAAUUGUGUACAAGCGUCAGAGGCUACGCGGAUCGAUAAUAUUGACAACGUAGUCAAUGGUGCUGCGAGUGUGGUCAUUGAAGAUGUGAUGAUGAUGCCAAAAAUGGUAGCCACCAAAGGGAAGGAUGAAGAAUUGCCUUCAAAUGUUUUCAAUUAUAAGCUGAACGAUCUGGUCAACGAUGUAGAGUGCCUAGUAGAGGAGCUGGAGGAUAAGGAUGCUAAGUCUGUUUUUUGUUCUUUAGCUUCUAUGAACUUGCUCAAUGGUUAUAAGGAUAAACCUUGUGUAUCACAUCUGACCGAUGUGGAUCUGGAGGAGAUACAAAACGAGCAAAAGGCGUGUCUGCAUAAACUGAAAAUAUCAAAGUUUAUGCCAAAGCUUACGCUUUAUAAUAGCUACAUACAGAAAAAGCUUGGCAUGACCGAAGAAAAUUCCUGCGAGGCAUUUGGAGAUCUGGAGGACUGGGAAAAGGAAGGCUUAAAGUCUUUGCUAGACGCGCUUCCUGAGGAAGUGUCGCUAUCACAAUCGUCCGAACAGUCUCCGCUAGCAUCACAAACUGGCACCAAUGACAGCGUACAUAGUGUGGCAGAUGAUACCCUCGAGCGAGAGAAAAUCAUGGAAAAUCUCAGUGCCAAUCCGUGCCCGCCAAUUGCUUGGCACAAGUUGCUCACGCCGCCACCCAAGCUCAUGAUUGUUGUCGACCGCAUGCAUUCCGGAGCCCGCCGUUUUGUUGUGCUUGAUUUUGGCCAACACAUACUUCUUACGGAUGUGGUGAUUCCCGCUUGCGACGAGCUCACCUCUUUGAAUAUUGACAUUUGGUGCUUUGACGAGGAAACAGACUGCACGCGCCUUGUUCAGGUCUCCGAUAUACAGACAAAAUCGUUGGUGCUCAGUGAUAUGCAGCCUCCGCCCAUUUGCCGCUAUUUGAAGCUGACGAUCGUCGGUCGUAUUGGAAUGUCGUCCACCAAAUGUAAGGUGCCGCUGGGCAGUUUCUUUGGUCAUCCCGUUGUGCUAGAACAUGAUGGAUACGGCGAUCACCUGGUGCGUUUUGUUAUGCAGCCACCCCAGUCGCUGCAGACACAUCUUAAAUCGCUUAAUGCCCUGUACGAGGAUGUACACUGUCGCUACAGUUUGGCCAGCUGCAAAUUGAUGGAACUGCUGUCGCCUAUGCGGAAUAGCGAGCUAUCCAAUGUAGCCCAUCUGCAGGCCUUCAUUAACAAGCAGCGUGACGAGGAGCUCAGCUGUGGUAUGGACACGAACAACAAAGUCGUGUCUCUAUACGAGGAAUGCAUGUUGCUUCAAUACCAAAUUAAUGUCAUCCGAAAUGUGGUGCAGCGUUUGGAGCGUGGCCUUUCGCAGAAAACACACCGGUCACCAGCACCACCGAAUCUUGUACUCCCCGAGGAAUCGUUGCGUACCGCAUCGCGGGAUAAAUUGCGCGUGCUGAGCCUCAGUUUGGCCGAGGUGCUGUUGCAUUUCUCCAUUGAGUACGGCAUCAAGAACAUAUUGCCUGUACAUUCCCGUUUCAAUGUGGUUACAGCUAAGGCGCUGUUCAAUUCCCUAGUUGUUUAUGGCGAUGCCCAAUUACAGCUGACAACCUGCUCCCUGUUGGUGCGGAUGUGCUGCUUCCAGCCUUGGUGGGGUGACUUUUUGGCUGAUACCUUCUGUAGUUUGUUCUCAGCGCAGAACUGUAAGGCAUUUCCACAGGAUCGCAUCUUCUUCCUGCUCACUUAUUUGGCGCGUCGUAGCAUUGCAAUGGGAGCUUGUCGUUCCAUUGUCAUAGAUGCUGUGCUCAAGACGCUAGUCAAGUUGCUGGCGCCUAUUUCGCCGCACUACAAGUUUCAAUCGGAGCAGCCAAGCACUUCGGCCAGCGCUGCAGAACGCAGUGCGGCCGUGGGUCGCACGUCAGAUCUGCAGCUUAUCACUUGGCUGCUAUUGUUCCUUUCUGUUUGCCUGGACGACAACAAUGAACGCAAGGAUAAAUCGGCGGCACGUUGGGAUUUCAUGAGCUGCGAAAGCGACUUCACAAAGACGAGACCCAACAAUACGCCCAAUAGUAAGCAACUACGUUGCUUCAAAAAGCGAAUAGUACAGCAAAACAAAUACUCUGUGCAGCCCUACACAGAUUGGGGAAAGAAAAUCUACAUGAUACAGAAUGAGCACCCCGGUAUAUUUAUGGAACUGUCUACUAAAUCAAAGGCUUGUGGCGUCAGCAAAGGAACGUCAACUGCUGGAAAAAUCAAUAUGGGCACCACCGGUGUGUGUGCGCCCAGUGUUAGCACCAGCGACAAUGGUAGUGGUAGUUCAGGAAAAGCCGCCGGAAAUUCCACAACAUCGCCCAAGCAUUUGGAUGGUUUGGGAGCCAGUGCAGAUGGAGACAGAAACUUUGACAAGGGUCUCAAGACGCUAAGUAUGGCAAACAUCAAAGUGGUAAUUCGUGGGCUAUUCGCACUGUUGUUGGAAAUGGAUUUCGACUGCAAUAUGGAUCAGUUCCUUCUAACAUGCAAAGUGAUAGCUCGUCUGGUGGCUGCGUGCCGUCCAUCGGUGCGGCUGUGUAAAAUUGUGACAACCGCCCAGCUCGAACAACUCGUACGUCUGGCCGUGUGGAAUGACCAGCAGCAGCCAUGGGCGGUGCAUGCAAUUACUUGUCUGCUUCAGGACCUGUUGGAUGCAGACAAACAGUACAGGGAUAAUGAUGCAACGCCCACCAAUGAUGGUGCUCGGUCCAUAGCCACAACAACAAUGCAGGAGAGUCGCGACAUCUUCAGUGACUACGCAUCAUCCUACUCUUCCCCCAUCGCACAGGUUGGGUUACAUAUGCCGACAGCGAGUGAUUUUUAUCAGGAGGCUGUCAGACACAAUUAUUUGCCGUCUCUAAUCGAAUGCGAGGACACCGAGUUUGAUGAAAUGCUCAACGACAUCGAUAUGAUCGAGCGCACAAAGCCAACUACUAAAAAGGAGAGAAAUUGGCUCUGCUCGAAUACGUUCAGCUUCUUUUGUAAGUCCAUAUCCAUUGCGAUGGAUUCGCGGCUGGAUGCUGGUUUGGAGCUGCAUGUGGAAGCGCAGCUGCGGCGCCUGACGAACCGCACCUCACUGGAUCUGUAUUCAUCGAUGCCUCAGGUGGUGACCAAUGAGUUCUUGUCCGCACCACCGGACGCACCGCCCUGGCCAGAGUAUCUCACGCAGCUGUGGUCUGGCCCAGACUACAGUGGUCGCAACACCUACAUUAUGCUAAAGAAUGUUUUCGAUUCAAUACUGGCCGAUCUGCACUAUGAAGACACGUGGGUGCAUCUGGAGCAAGUCUUACAAAUGUGGUUGACACUCAAUUGUGAACUGGCCGAUAAGCCUUACACGUCUGGAAUCACUCAAACGGAUAUUCCGAAAAUUCCAUUUGGUGCGAAUGCUGUACUGGGUCUUCUCCUUGCUUUGGCCUGGCACAAUGAUAUCAAGCUGCGCACUUGGUGCUUGGGCUUUCAAUGUCUGUUCCUCGCCUGCAAUUCGUUGCCAAUUGGCGAUGAUGUGACCGAUUGCACGCGCAUUAAUGAGGUCAUUGUGAACGAUGAGAACUUUGAGAAGAUGCUGCUGCGCUUCUUCUCCGGCUACGGCAUGAGUUCUUCCAUCAUUACGAAUCGCUGUGCUGGUCCCACUAUCUGCAAGCAUCUUCACGAACUGCUACUUUGGCUUCACAGCAAGAGCGAAAGCAGCGGCGGACUCAUUCCAUGCAAGCGCCGGCUCAAGGACAUUCUGUUGCAUGUCGUGCUGCAGCUGGUGCAGCCCGGCGGCGCAAUUAGCAACCAGCAGGGCCCCAUCGAUGCUCAGAAUCAGCUGGUACGCGAUCUGCUUUUAAUGCCCAACGACAAGGGCGAUCUGAACAUUGCGCUUAAGAUUACCGAAAGUGUUUCUUUUCUAGUCUUCAACAACAUUUCCAAUGGCGAGAAGCUGCAAUGCCAGCGCGGCAACGAGAACAGCGCUACUGGCAACAACUUUAGUAAUUUGUUUGCCAAUGUGUUGGGUUCUGAGAAUCCCAGCAAACAAAAUGCUAACAUAUGUGACAAUUCGCUAAUUAUAAACCUACUCAAGCUGUCGUCGCACAUGGUUCUCACUGAGAUGCCCAGGCAACCUAGCGAGGUAACUAUACCCGAGGAGGAGGAGUUGUCCAAUCAAAGCCAAACGGAUGAAACCAAAGCUGAGCAGCUAAACACUGAAGGACAUCGAAGCAAGGUGCCAUGCAUAGCCGAUUGGGUUUUGCGCCAGUUUCCCACCAUGAAGCGAUUGUUUGGGGCGCUCUCCCAGUGCUCGACCAAAACGUUUACUAUGAUGUCCUCGAGUUGUUUCUUUUCACUCAAAACGAACAUGGUACUGGAUGAGCCGCAGACCAUUGCAGACGCCGUUUUCAGUUUGAUGAUCACACUAAGUGAGAGGGCCUCCAAUCCACGCCUGGUCGUAGCACCUAUAUGCCAAUAUCUCGAAGAGACUACCAUACAACGCAAUGCGACAUUGCCACGCCUUCAGCUAUCAGAACCCUUCCUUUGGUACAUAUCCAAGGUGCUGGAAGUGACUGCGGCAGUGCAAAUAUUCACACAGUUGGGUGGCAUACAAAUCAUUUGCCAUAAUUUGGUUCGACUCAACAAGACUAUUAUUAACAUGCAGCCAGGAUUGAUCUCAAUGAUAAUGCAACAUAUGACGCGGAACACGCGGCUUAAGCUCAACAAUCAUAUAAGUGCCGCCAACGCCUGCAAGAAAACGUCGACAAGCACAGGCGCUCAAUCGACAACAACAACUGCUCAAACAUCGAGGAACAACAGUGCUCAGUACGAUGGACUGAUCAACUUUGCUCCCUUCUCGCACAUUGUUUCGGAGAAUGAUGCAGCACAAAGUGCCGAAAUGCUAAUCUCAAAUCCUAAUGCGUCACACAGACGACCUCGCUCGCCGGCGUGGAGCUAUAUGUUCUAUCCAAAUGAGACUCAUGUUGAUUUGACCAUAACACUGCCGACCGCCAUUUUGCUUAAGGAGGUGCAGUUGGUGCCGCAUACCUCUAGUCUCGCGUCGUGCCCAUCGGCCGUUGCCUUGGAGCUAUCUCGUGACUAUGGUGUUGGCUCUAUACCCGUGGGUGCACCCAUGGCCACCACGGGCCUUACCUGCAUACGUCUGAAGUUAGCUAAAGCUGAGGUGGCCACCAGCAUUGUGCUGCGACUUUACAAACCCAAGGACUGUGGCAAUGUGGGACUGGUGCAAAUUGCUGUACUGGGUCAGACCAUCUUUGGAAAUCGCAUGCAAGGACUACGCAGCCAAGGCACUUUUGGUGAUGCAUUCAUGAGCUGCUCCACGCCGCUGCCAUCGGCUGGACUGUCGGCAAUGGAUGUAGAUGCUAUGCCGGAGGAUGAUGCCUUUGCCAAGACGAGCAUAGGUUGGGUGCGCAUCUUAUCUCGAUGCUUUCAUGUGGCUGCCCUGCAACCAGAUUGCAAGCUGGCCGAUUUAAUUGCCUCGUAUCCCGCUGCGUAUCCCGGAUUUCUGGAGGCGUGUUGUUCCCUUCUGAACAUCAUGCCCAUGAUACCGAGUUUUGCCCAGCAGCAUCUUGAGACCAUACUGAUCAAGUUGGGCGCCUACAAUCAUGAGCUUAGUCUGCAGCUGCUGCGAACUCUACUUUGGCAUACCACACCACAGGUGUUUAAGCUGUCCAGCGAUGCGGUGUGUGAUCUCAUUUACCAAGUGGUGACUGGUUCCACCUCACACAUGCUAGAUAAGCUGCGUGUGCUGCUCGACUGGAUUAUGCAGCUGCAUGACAAUUAUAGUAAGCAGGCCCGUUGCAAUAAUCCCCAGAGCGGGUUUGUCAAGGUGAUUGCCUCAAUUUUGUGGCAAGUGCAGCGGCAACAACAGGUGCCCGAUCUGUCGCAGCUUAUUACGCCUGCAUUGUUCGAGACUUGUUACCAGUGGAUAUCUGAGCUGGAGCACGAUGAGCCAUUGAAGAGCAGCUUUGAUGCGCUCAUCUGUGCAUUGUGCUACAUUAAGCCGGAGAUAUUCAAUCAGCUGCUUGUCAAGCUGGGCGUCAAGUUGGAGCAGCAGGCGCGCGGAAAAACCGAUGAUAGCAAGGUGCAGAGCGGUUGCGCCUGGUUCAAGCGCGAGGGCAGUGAGAAUCUUACACAGCUGAUGCAACACCCUGCGUUUCUGAAGACGCUUGCCUUAUCCUGCCAAUCUCCGGUGGCUGUGUAUCAGAUGCUGGACUCGGGUCUGCCCAAGCUGCUAGCGCAUGCCAUCUAUGAAUACUGCACACAUAUGCUGCCCACAAUAGAGGCACCACCUGUGGUGCAAGCAACUGUCACAGCCUGUUGCAGCAGUCAAGCAGCUACUGGUGGCGAUUCCCCACUUACGGACUUUGACAAAGCGGAGGCGCAUGUCGGGAAUCCCGCAGUUCCCCUGCUUAGCAGCGCAAAUGUGCCCAAAGUGCUGGACUUCUUUUCAGAGUGCUGUGCAGAGGGACCGAUGCGUGACUGGCUGGGCACACUGCAAGGCUCAAUGUUUUGGAAGCCACUGCUGCAGCUGCUUUGUAACACACACUUGGCGCAGUUUAGCAAAUCCCUGCCCAUGCAGCAAUCCUUCAUUCGUCUGGAACGGGCUACCAUUAACUUCUUUACGCGUGUAAGCGCAUGCCAUCCAGCCAAUCAGGAGGUGCUCACCUCUCUGCUCAUUGGCGCUGUCAUCUGCAAGCCAUUACGCUCAGCGGGCAGCAUUCGACCCACUAUCUCGGGCUUUACUAGGCAAUUGGUGCUUCAGUUGUUGCUAGAGAACGAGCACAUUACGGUCUGUGUGCGCAGCCAGCAGCCGUUGCAGCGUCGGGACACUCUGUCAGCCAUCAUGGGCGGAACCGGGAACGGUGGUGCCAGCAACAGUUUACCCGUUGCGUCCGUCAAUCAUCAUCCGGCGAAGCGUAGCAGUGCCCAUCAAAUGCUCUUCAAUGUGACCACGAGUACCACCUGCCAGGAGAUCAUGCAGAACUGUGUCAGCGUGUAUAGUAACUUAGUGUACCAACAACCAACAGAUCAACGCAGUGGAGAUGCGUCGACUAGUAGUCCAGCUGCCGCCAAGUCAAUCGACAAGCAGCAGCUUGAAAAAUCGUGCUACCCAAACUUGAGCAAUAUUGCUGGUAGUCUGGAAUUUCUAACAGUUGGCGCUGCGGUCGCCGCCAAGGACAAGCGCAUCAAGGACGCCAAGAACCAGGCGGCAGUUAACAAAGACAAGGAGACCCAAACAACGGCCACGUUACCCAUUAACACCUUCAAUAUUGAGGAAUUUCUGCUGCAAGCAGCGCAUACCAGCAAUGGCAGCCAGUUGAUGAUAGUGGAAUAUCCAGAUAUACUGCUGGCUGGUGAUGCCACCAUCUCACAGGUGUUGGCCACGCUGCAGGAUGCUGGUCAUUCGCUGUCCGCACCCUGCCUUACUCUAGAUCUGGUGCCGCAGCGCUCGUUGGGCGAUGAAGCUGCCGAGUCGAAGAAAGUGAGGGCUGUUUGCACUGAGCCGCUGCCAUCGCCGCUGCAGCGAUUCUCCAGCAGCGGUGGUCUGUCGCUGUUGGCCCACUAUUUGCCUACUGUGUAUCCUGAGCACAUGGGUCGUAAGGCUGCCGCGGUUGCAACCGAAAAGGAGAAGAGCCCACCACUCUCAGAUUGGGUUAAGCUUGAGCCCAAUGAUGAGAUUUACGAAGAUCUGGAAGAUACCAUAUGUGAGCCGGCUGCCAAACAGAUUACUGUUAGCUCCGUACCCCAGCAUUCGUUGGCCGCUUUUGGUCUGUUCUUACGCCUGCCAGCCUAUUCGGAUGUCCUGCUCAGGGAUAAACAACGUGCUCAGUGCCUCCUGCGUCUUGUCUUGGGCGUAACUGGUGACGGCGAUGGUAAUGACAUCUACAGCCUAUCGCUUGCACCUUCGUUGCCCACUUUGCCGUUUGAGGUAUUCCGCCAGCUGCUGGACAGUGUAUCGCUAUCCACUGACGACGGCGUCCUUCUGCGCCGCGUCGUCAUUGAAGUGGGUGCUAUGCAUCUGGUGCUUAACUGUUUGGGCAUCUUUUCUCAUCAAUCGCAUAACAGCAAGAUCGGUGCCCUAAUAACUGAGCCGACAACCAGUGCAAAUAGCAGUGGCAAUGGCAAUGGUAAUGGCAACGGUAAUGGCAACGGUAAUGGUAACGGUAUUGGCAACGGUAUUGGGAACGGAAAUGGCACUGGCAAUACCAACGGCAAUGGUGCUUCCGCUAAAGCCAGCACGGCAGAGGAUGCCAUGCCCAAUACGGCGAUAUCGGAUGAUAAGAGUCACAUUUAUUGGGCAAAGGGAACUGGCUUUGGCACCGGAUCAACGACACAGUCAUGGAAUGUAGAGCAGGCCCUUCUGCGCCAGAAGAGUGAAGAGGAGCACGUGACGGUGCUGUUAUUGGUUUUAUCCAGUUACAUAAAUCCCAGAGAUUGUAUACCCAGCGACAUGAGCGGAGAGGAUAUACUCGCCUAUCAUGAUGUGCGCGAUAUGGCUGGCGAACUGCCGCCUAUUUUCCAGACACUGCUCCAGCAAUCUUGCCUGAUACCGGCACUCAGCUCUUACCUGCGUAACGAUUCAGUGCUAGACAUUACACGACACAUUCCACUCUAUCGUGCCAUACUGAAGCUGCUGCGUGCGCUGUCAUUGUCUAAGAAUUUGGUGUCGUUGCUGCAACCGUCGUCGGGUGCCAGUGGGGAGUGCACUCCGCCCAUUGCAGAGCUUCUGAAGAACAUGAAGACCUGCGUUGAUACGUAUGCCAAGCGACUCAAAGUCAACAAAAAGUCCAAUAUUAAAGGCCAAACGCAUCAAUUGACAUUCAAUAUUGAUGACGGCGAUGACGAGGGUCUUGCGCUGCUCAUACCGGAUAUACAAGAGACCUGCGUGCUGGUUCAGAAGACGACUGAUGCAGAUGCUCUGAUUAAUAUGCUGCAUACGCAUGAGGAUGGUAUGGGUGCCUUGGAGCGGCCACUUAGCAAAUCAGUUGAGCAGCGUUAUCUGGAGCUGAUGAAAAAACGACAGUUCGAUACAUACGAUAUGAUUGUGGAGUCAGAUAACAACAGCUUUCGUUUUGUGGUUUCGCAUCAUUUUGAGAAAAUGGUGCGUUUAGCUGGCGAUCGCUAUCAUCCCUCGCGUGUUAAGCGGUUGGCACAGGAGGCGGUCACGUUGUCCACCAGUUUGCCGCUCAGUUUUAGUAGCUCUGUAUUUGUGCGCUGUGAUACGGACAGAUUGGAUAUAAUGAAGGUGCUUAUAACCGGCCCAGCGGACACGCCGUAUGCCAAUGGCUGCUUCGAGUUUGAUGUCUUCUUUCCACCAGACUAUCCCAACUUGCCCAUGCUCAUCAACCUAGAGACUACAGGUCGUCAUUCUGUUCGCUUUAAUCCGAAUCUCUACAAUGAUGGCAAAGUUUGCCUGUCAGUGCUAAAUACCUGGCAUGGGCGACCCGAGGAGAAAUGGAAUGCGCAGACCUCCAGUUUUUUGCAGGUACUCGUGUCCAUACAGUCCUUGAUAUUGGUGCCGGAGCCGUACUUUAAUGAACCCGGCUUCGAGCGUAGUCGUGGCACGCCCAGCGGCACCAACUCGUCGCGCGAAUACAACAGCAACAUAUAUCAGGCGUGCGUACGUUGGGCAAUGUUGGAGCAGAUACGCAAUCCCAAUCCCUGCUUUAAAGAUGUGAUACACAAGCACUUUUGGCUAAAGCGCGAGGAGAUUUGCACGCAAAUCGAGGGCUGGAUUGAAGAGCUAAGUAAGCCACAGUAUACGGAGCGUGCUAGUCGCACUAUUUCCUUCAACUCGAUGGUGUUGCGACGGCAUUAUCGGCAUCUGCGGGAGGAGCUGGCCAAGCUGAAGCCACCACGGGGCUUAGAAGAUCUUGACGCGCCCUUUAAUCCGGUGGCCUCUCUGCCACCUAUGGAUGUGUCCACAACAGCGGCAUCUGCGUCAACGAUAAAUGCACAGGUGGGCACCGAUGAAUCACUGGUGCCGGAAUUGAAUCUGAUGGUGGACAACGGCGAUAGCGAUAUGUCGAUUCCAGCUAGUUUCUUCAAGGAGGAGGUUGUCGAAAUUCUAAGUGAUACCGAGAAUGAGAGCAGCGUUUGGCAGGAUAAAGAGGAGGAUACACCAUAAAUAGCUCCUUAAAUGCCGCUUUCGCGCACUAGACAGUUUUAUUUAUCGUUUUAAGUUAUGUUUUGUUUAAUUUUUGUAAGAGAGACUGCAACUGCAACAGAACUUGGUGUGCUUUACAUAAAGAAAACGUAAUAAUUAAU